UACCUCCAUGAGUUGCACCUGGCUAAAGGUGGACUGCUUUGUGCCUCACCGACUCCAAUUUUAUCCCUCUGUCAGAGAGCUUGCCUGCUGACUUUUUCCCACCAUCUGCGAGUGAAAUUGGAAUAUUUUAUAAUUUUCUUCCAACAUGUCUAUCAGUCGGAAAAACUGGUCGGCUCUGUCCAGCCUAGCUCGUCAGUGGACAAUGGAGGAUGAGGAGGAAGUGGAGAGAGAGAAGAGGAGGAGGGUGAAGAGCAGUAGCACGCCCGACCAAGAUGGGGACUCCAGCCUGACACCCAGAAUGCCACCGACAAGUGGAGGCACCUCUGGGCCCGAAUCUUCCACUGAGACAUCUCAAGGCCUCAGCAGUGUUGAGCAGAUACAGCUGGACUUUGUAGAGAUGCUGCGGACGCGUGAUGAAAAAAGGAGGAUGAGGCAAGUGGAGGCAUUAAGGCGGCAGAAAGAGGAAGAAGAGGGCGAUUCAAAGGAAGGCAGAGGAGAAGGAGGAGAAGAAGACGCAAGGGUGGUCCUUCUUGGGGAGUUGGAUGAGGAGAAGGGCAAUGCGUACAAGCCACAACCGCCAACUAAAACAUCUUCUUACAGUCCCACCAGCAGCGGCAACAGCAGUACUAGAACUAACGGUACAAAAACACAACAUGAAAAUGGAGAGUCAUCCAGCAGAGAGCCUGCACCUAAACCCAAACCAACCUCCAGCUCAGCGCGCAAGUUUGUCAGCUCUGUGUCCAUUUCCCUUGACAACCCUCCAUCUGGCCGCACAACUCCCAUGAGCCCUGGUUCUCCAUCAGCACCUUUGUCCCCCCGGGAUCCGUUCCCCUCACCCUGCCAGAGUACAUCCUCCCAUGGAUCUCAAAGCCCCAUUCAGAAUGGACAUGCGCAGGAGGUCAGCUCCAACGGCUCUUCCACCACUGGAAAAGUUGAAGAGGCAGCCAAACCUCCCUUCCUCAGACAGAGCUCCAGGACCAUAUCUUUCAGGAUGAUGAAGAAGAAGGAAGAGGAGAGCGCGCCGCUCCAGAGGAGUGCCAGUGUCCGGAUGGCCUCGAAGAAGUUUGAAGCAAAGACAGACCAUAAUGAAGAUGAGGAUAAGGGAUCUUUCCAGAGAAACUCUAGGCAGAGGGUCUCGUCCAGAUCCAUCAAGGAGAAGAUGGAGCAGCUUGCUCAGGCAGCACAGAAAUCUGACGUGCCACGCUCCCCGGAUGUGACCCAGAGGACCCUGUUCCUGCUGGAAGAAGUCUCAAGGAAACGAGGCUUGUUUGAGAAGGAUCAGCAGGCACGGAGCCCCACCAGCCCUGGAGUUUCCAGAAGUGAAUUUAGAAGCUUCACAUCAGGAAUGUCAGAUCGCAUCAACACCUGGCUCAAUAAGACCAAUCAACCAGGGUCUCCACUCAGCCUUGACCUGAGAAAUGUGGACAUCAGCAGCAAGAGGAGCCUCUUUGAGAACCGAGGGGAGGAAAGUGCUGAAAUCAGUUCUGGAAAACACCAGAAGUGAAAUGGGAGGCGAAGUCUUGGAUGUCAUGGCUGACCUUUUGGCUUCUUUUUUUUUAUUUUAUUUUAUUUUUUUCACUGCUGAAGCACACAAGAGGGAGAAAUAAAACGGCCUCGCCUAGAAGGAUCCUUCUUUUCCGCUUAUUUAGGCUUUUACCUAACACUCUGCAUUGCUUAUUUGUUUUGCAUUCUAAAAAUAAGAUGAAUAUGCUUGACUGACUUGUAAUAAGUAAAAAUAUAAGUUGAAAGCAAAUGUGGCGACAUGAGAGCAUCACCACUUGUUGAAAUUACGCAGCUGUUUGCCUUACUUUUAAUUCAUUUUUCACGCACUUUAAACUGGGGUAGGUCUUCAGGCUAAUGAUGUUUAUUGAAUGCAGAAGUUGUAAUUUAAAGAAUUUUGUCUUAUCUUAUAUUUGGACUUGUGGACCAAUUCUGCCUGUCUGAGAAAUAAAAUGUUUUCCUACA